CGAUAUUGUUGCUUUAGUCUGCAAUUCACUUUCACGUUGAGGUGUCGUGUUUUAUUACUGAAGUCACAGUGGACGGAGUGUUUGAACGUUUUCGACGUGUUUAACGUGUAUGUCUCGAGUAUUAUUUACGGAACAUGUUUAUGGACGGUUGUAAAGCACGGCGUAUAAGCAACAUUGGUGUCCAAUUUACGGGCGCAUUUAGUGAAAAGUAUACGUGAAUAUGUGAAGUGGAAAGCAGCAAAUACACAGAUAUUUUACAGUUCCAAAUUUCUCAGCUGAAGUGAUGAAAUUGAUCUCAAUAAACAGAAUUUAAACUACGUUGGAACGAGUCGUGGCAAAAAGUUUAAAAUAUAUUAAAUACUGGAUUGAGUACAACUUUAACUUUGAUCUAAGUUUUUAUGAAAGUUAAUUUUUAUUAGACACUGCUAUGUAUCCUAACCAAGGUAACGCUCUUAUGGGCGGAGGACCAAGUGUAAGUCCGAAUGGGGAGCAACUGCAACACCAAUCUCCACAGCAUCACCAGCAGCAAAAUAUAAGUUACAAUGGUGUCCAAACGAAGCAACAGCAAGCGGACUUGCAACUAGCGACUCCCAAUAAAAAAAUCGCAAAAAAGGCAUUUGUCAAAAUUGUAGAGCAACCCGCCAGCAAAGCGUUGAGAUUUCGUUACGAAUGCGAAGGUCGUUCGGCUGGUUCGAUACCUGGCGUGAAUUCGACUCCGGAACUGAAAACCUUUCCCACCAUCGAAAUUGUCGGCUACAAGGGACGUGCUGUGGUAGUUGUUUCCUGCGUGACUAAGGAUGCGCCAUAUCGACCGCAUCCGCACAAUCUGGUAGGGAAGGAGGGAUGCAAAAAGGGGGUGUGUACUUUGGAAAUCAAUAGUGAUACGAUGCGUGCUGUAUUCAGUAAUUUGGGUAUACAAUGCGUCAAGAAAAAAGACAUUGAAGGUGCUUUGAAAGCACGGGAAGACAUUCGUGUCGACCCUUUCAAAACUGGCUUUUCACACCGAUUCCAGCCGACCAGCAUAGAUCUAAACGCGGUGCGACUGUGUUUUCAAGUGUUUCUAAAGGGCGAUAUGGGCCGUUUUACAGUGCCUCUGCCGCCCGUCGUCUCGGAACCAAUUUAUGACAAAAAGGCUAUGUCAGACCUCGUUAUUCGUCGGAUAUGUAGUUGCUCGGCUACAGUGCUAGGCAAUACGAAAAUAAUUUUGCUCUGCGAGAAGGUAGCUAAAGAGGACAUUGCUGUGCGAUUCUUUGAAGAGAAAGAUGGCGUCACAAUUUGGCAAGCUUUUGGCGAAUUUGAACAGAAUGAUGUGCACAAACAGACUGCCAUUUCAUUUAGGACACCAAAGUAUCAUAACAUCAACAUUACCAAACCAAUCGAGGUAUUUGUGCAACUGCAGCGGCCUUCAGAUGGAGCAGUUAGUGAUCCUGAGAAGUUUCAAUACUUUCCGGCCGAAUCGGGUAGGUAUUCUUUAGAGAAUUUGCGUCAAACCCUCAAACGGAAGCCCGGCGAUGACAUAUUUCAAGAAAUAUUAGCAGCAGCUGGCGAAAUAAAGCCAGCAGUUGUAGAUGUAAUAGAUUUGGAUACACCGACCGCAGAUCCACAACAGGAGGUGAAUUUAGGUUUUAAUAACGCAAACACAGUAGAAGCAGAUGAAGCAGAUAAGCGGCGUAAGGAGAAUGAAAUCGAUGCGAUAAUCGACGAGAAAGUACGGGAGCUGGAACAAAAGGAACAGCUGGGACAGCAGCAAGAAGUGGCACAGCAGGCUAAACCGCAAGAACAAAAAGUUCCAGAACAGCAGGAAGUUCAAACCGGCAUGGAACAGCAGACAAAAGAGGUGAAAUUGUCUGCAUCGGAAGAACAAAAACAGCUCUCCGUCAACGAUAAAAUCGCUGCGUGGAUGAAAUCCAACGACUUGCAAGACAGCGAAGGUUCUCCGCCUCCUGACGGAGCGGCAUCCAUUGCCUCUAUCGAUGAGGAUAAAGUUCUUACAGCUCUAUUAGAUGAGGCUGCAGAGCUAGACGAGAUUUAUACACGCCAUGUGGUACAGCGCGCCUCAUAUAACGCUUUGCUCAGUGGAAUGAAUGAGAUUAAACCUAAACAAGAUACUCAAAAUACCCCCAUGGAAGUGGACGAUAGUUUCGAUGAUGCUGCCACGUACAGUAGCUUACAGAAAGCAUUUAAGAAUCCUAUUGAUAUACCAUUGGAUGAUUUGAUGCCACCUACCCCUCCAGCCUCCCAACUUGCUCCAGAGGAUGCACAACAUUAUGAUCAUGUCGAUACUUUCGCGUUGAGUACCGAUGAGGCUCUAGCAGCGCUUGAGCAGUUAUCAAUACCACCGCUUCAACAACAACAACGAGCUCAGCUACCAGUCUCACCGCCUCGCCCUGUUGCACCGAAAUAUCUGUCGCCACACAUGCAUGUGACCGCAGCCGAAGAAGAGAAAUUGCCUCCUCUCCCUCCAAAACGUAUUCGGAAACAAGAUGGGAGUGUGGAAAAUCAGUCAAUUGAAGCGAAUAUUAGUGAUGUAGCAGAUCGUACAUCUCGCUCUCCUGUUCCGAUCAUAAUCAAAAAGACUCCAGAUCAAUCGCCACUUUCAAAACGUUUACCUCCGAAACCUGGAAGCGGAAGCAAUUCUAAUACUUUGCCAAAGCAAAAGAAACCAGGUUUUUUCUCGAAGAUCUUCUCUCGACGUAAAAGUAAAUCGGAUCUAGCUCAAAGUGGUGACGUCGGUCCCACCUCAAACGAAUAUACACCAAAUUUGAGCCGAGAACCUAGUAUUGGUCAUUUCCGUAUGAAUGAUCCGAUUAGGGGCUCAGUAAAGUCCCUGCAACCAACUUCUUUACCAACAAGCCCCUAUAAAAAUGAACUUGGUAAGACAACAAAGCCAAGUCGUCCAGUUGGGCGUAGUGUAAGUAGCGUCUCCGGCAAACGUCCUACACGUCCAACUGCUGAUGUCAUCCACAUACCGCUUAAGGGCGACAGUGUCAACAGUCUACCACAGAAUGAGGCAUAUUCUCAUGCCAGUACGGUAACACUAAGCAAUACACUCGAUCGCAAAACUGUCUCUGCACUGCAACUUGCCGAUAUUCCAAUAUGCGAGGGCAAUAUGGAGCUUGUAGCGAUAGCAGAUCGCCAAAGCUUGCGCAAUCUAUGCGAAGGGGCUUUCAAUGUCCAACUUGAUCCCGAUGUGGACUUAACAGAAGCGGAGCAUUUCGCGCUGUACACUAGCAUACCCCCUCAGGCGACGGCAAGCGAGUUCGAUGAAGCUUCUGCAUAUUAUGCAGCAGUCGAUGCAGGAGAAAUUUUAACUCCAGACGAGAUUGCGAGGCGUUUGGCGGCUGCGAACUGCAUAAACUGAAAGCGAACAUUCGAGGAGCUCUGCCUGAGCAAGGAAUUUACUGUAAUUAAUAAUUGUGUGUAGAAAAUUUGAUUGUUGGCCAAGCUUAAAGUCACAGUGGAGCGGAGUGUGGAAGUAUCCUACUAUAUUUUAGCCCAAUGGUAGCUUCCUUUCUCUGAUUUGAAACGAAAUUUGCAUGAAAUGCGUAACUACGCACACACACAUACAUGUGUUUUUGUCACAUAUGUAUGUCUGACUAUCAAAUGAACUUAUUUUGAAAUACAAUCUUUAGAAACAUUUACAUACACACACACAUAUGUAAACGAAUUUCUAAAAAAUAAAAUGUAAACUGUGCCGCUGUUACAAAAGGUAUGCCUCUAAAAUUUAAGGCAUUUUACUUAACCUAAACGAAGAAGUUUGUUGAAAUUGUUUUUAUAUAUACACACACACACACAUAGAGGAAAUGCUCAAGUUGACACUUUUUGAAUUUUAGAAAAUUUAUUCAAAAUGGCUUUGAAUAACAUUGAAGCAUUUUGUUAAUCGAAGACGGACUUAAUCUCUUGGAAGCCGCCAAGAAAAAUUAAUUUGUAUGCGUUAAAGACGACGUGUUUUUUAUAAACGAAAUUUUGAUAGAAGAAACGGCUGCCAUAAAGCUUUUACUAAUGCAGCGCGUUUCACAUUUUAUAAUAUUAGUCCUGUGAACGCGUAAGCAAACUAGAUAAAAGUUGUUGUUGUAAACUUAUGGUACUUAUAAACAUUGGUAUGCCCUACAAAUGUUUCAAAACUCAACUAUUGUAUUUACUUAUUUGCAUACUCUGACAAAUUGAAAAAUAAUCAAUUCAACUUAUUUAUACCACUACUUAGUUUUUGUAUAAAAGUUAAUUUUAAGUUCGAUUAAGGCCUUGAAAUUGUGUAUCUCGAAUAUUAUCGAAACACUUGUACUUGUGGAAAUAACUUUUAUAAGAGCUAAAUUUUAGCGUUCUUUGAAAUAUUACUUACAUGCAUAAUAAAUCAAGAAAUAACC